CCCAUUUGCUCAUUCAUGACCAUUGACUUUACUUUUAUGCCAGAGGCCCAUGCGGCGGAAACUUUGAAAAUCGACAUACAGUAGUCUGAUCCUGGUACGCUAGCUGUAGGUUUGGUUGUUCCGCUGACCUGCUCUCAGCCAAAGCAUCGUUCCCGUUGAAGAUCGAAGCUUUUUCAGGCAGUCACUCCUUCUCUAUGGAAUCGCAGAAAAGUCAACUUGAGAAACAGCCUGCCGCAACAACCCCUACUUCACCCGCUGCUGCAACUCCCACAUCAUGUCGAAAGAAGAAGAAUGAACAAGCCAAUUUUCUGGAAGAUGUGAAGGAUCACAUUGAUGAAUUUAUCAAUGCAUCUAUGGAUGAACACGCGUCUUGCUUCAAGAAGACCAUCAACAAGAUGUUUAAAAUGUCAAAGAUUGUUGCUGAGAAGAAUGCUGCUGAUACCAAGGAAGUCGAAAGUUCGCUGCCCCUUCAAACAACAGUAGCAGACUAAUAUCAUCUCUUACAUUCUCUGAUUCUGAUACCUACCGAACUAAAACUUCGCUGCAGGAUUAAGCAACAGAAUUCGGGUGACGUUUAAUCUUUUGUUAAAAUUGUGGCUCUGCAAUUUCAUUUUGACCGAGUCGAAAAUAUAUGCUUGCUACGAUCAAUCACAACUCUUAUGGAGUGGAUUUCGUAGUUGAUAAUGGUAGGACUGUUCUUGUGAUUCCAAGAUAUGUUUUCCUGUGGUUGUCUUGGUAUUUUUACCUAGUCACUGUUGGAUUUGAUCGGAAUCAAUUAUGGAAUAGUUUUGUAUUUGUCUUUUUGGUGGAAACAGAUGGAAUCU